AUGACGAAUACAUAUUAUCUGUCGUACGUCUCUAAUUGCGUAAUCAACGGCUUCUCGAGUUAUCCGGCCAUCAUGUUGAACAUUUUCACUAUCUAUGCCAUUGAGAAAACUACAACGUUGUCAAAUAAGACCUUAAAAACACUGCUCCUUAGUCUGGCUGCCUCUGAUCUUGGUGUUGGCUUGGUCGUUCAACCGUUGUACAUUGCAUGUCUUGCUAUGGAGAUGGAACACAUCACGGAAAACAAUCUAAACUAUAACAACAUAUACAAGGCUUUUCUGCUUUCGGCAAAUACGUUUGGUUUUGCUUCGUUCUUUUGUGUCACAGCUCUUAGUGCAGACCGAUUUUUGUCUGUUCAUUUCAAUCUCAGAUAUCGAGAACUUGUGACUCACAGGCGUGUUGUUGGUGUGGUGAUCUCUAUUUGGGUCAUAAGUGCAUUUCUUUCGUUGAUUAGAAUAUUCAUCUCUAAGAAGAUCAUGUACCUUAUUUUUGUUAUAAUCGAGUUUACUUGUAUAAUAUCUGCCACGUACUUUACUUUCAAAAUAUAUGUGGCCACGCGUAGCCACACAGGCCAAAUCCGAUCCCAGCAAGUGCAGCGAUCAUCUCAGAAUGGCGAAAUCGGGACAGCACAAGUUACAAGCCUACAGAUCUCGGUGGUGAUAACAAUUGCCUUAUAUGUCUUAUUUUUGGUUUGUUACUUACCGCAAAUGUCUGUUUUAUUUGUCACUGCUGUCUUUGGACAAAGCGAAUUUUUAGACAUGUUAUUACACCACACGACAACAUUGGUUUUUCUUAAUUCAUCGCUAAAUCCGAUGAUUUAUUGCUGGAAGAUGAGGCAUGUUCGAAAAGCUGUCUUGCACACUUUGCGAAGGUCAUUUUCAAGACAAUGACAGCUGAGGAAAGUUUUACCAUUUAGUCGUCAACGAGAACGACAAAAAAGCAAUAGGUUUAGAUAAAACAACAACUUACACGUGCAUCACGCUUUUUUGUAAAUUUCUUUACUUUCGUCGCACGAUUACGAGCGUAAACACAAGACAACAACUUUCUUUUUCUUUUCCUGAACUUCUAUACAGUGUUUUAGAAUCCAAUUCCAGAAAAAAUUGCCAACACAUUUUUUAACGAAUUAAAUAAGAUAGAAUAAGCGCGAUAAAGCUUGAAGCAGCGCGACUUCUCUUUUUAAGUGACGUUUCCGUACUCCGUCGCCGUCGUUGUUGCGUCCCUAAUUUUUACGUCAGUAAAUUGAGCUCGUAAUUUACAGUGCAUUAACGGACAAACCUGAGGCCAGAGUCGACGCAUGAUACAUUUUCAGUGAGUUCGUGCGACGUAUUAGCAGUGGUUUAGAUCUUCUAAAUUGUUCAUAAAGUCAUUCUGGAAGCUUGAUUUUCCUCAGUUUUCAUGAAACGCAAGGUAUCUGCAAUCUCUCUGGGGGAAUAGCACCUGAUUACGAUGUCGCUAAAAAUUUUCAAAAAUGUUCAUCUCAUUAGCAUAACAUAAAAGUGGGACCGCGUAAGUGAAACUAUGACUGUAUGGGGAGUUAAACAAACAACCGAGUUAGGAACCGAGUUAAGAACCGAGCUGAGACCGAGUUAGCAAGCGAGUUAAACAAACUUUGGGCUAUUUGAUUAUUGAUUUGAGACAAGUUUUUGGAACACCUGUGGAUGGAGCUUCCAGGCCGCAACAAAAACAGCAAGAUCUUGCUUGUCACAAUGAACUUCUCUGACUGGAUACAGACUUCUGAGGAUUUGCUAGGUGCAAACGUAGCUUCGUGGUAUGGUAUGCUACUCUUGGCUGGGGACAUUAACCUGGACAUGUUUCGCCCUGAAAUGUCGGAGAUGAAGCGUUACAAUGAAUUGUUAGACUCGCUCAAUCUUAAGCAGAUGGUCACCAAGGCAACACGAAUAACGAAGACUAGCAAAACCCUAAUUAAUCACAUAAUUACUAACGCGCCGAAACGCAUUACUUACAAUGAGGUACUUCCACGUCCGCUAGUAAGCGACCGUGACGCCCCGUUUGCUUGCGUGCAGAUUACACGUGAUGUACCUAGAUAUAAGCUCAUCAGGAACGAAAAACGUUUUUCUGAAACGGCUUCAAUUGACGACUUCGGUGCUCUGCCACUUGAAAUAGUGUAUGUUUUCGACGACCCCAAUGACAAGAUCGCGACUUUCAACCGUCUCGUUGUUAAAGAAUGUCUCGACAGAACAAAGGUGACCCGAUCCCCCGCGCCCUCGUUAAACUAUCCGAGUAUUCACUCGCUGCAAGUGAACUUCGCAAAUCAACUCUGGGAGGCGCACACGGCCUUCUAAGGAAGGUGCAUGGGGCAUGUUAAGAUACACUCGAAACAAGCUCAAAAACCUGAUUAAGAAGGCCAAGCGGUGUUUUAUGAUCACUGUGUUUUCCUCGAGGCGACCGAAGAAGGUAUGGAGGACGAUACACCUUUCUCUCCAUCCAAGCCAACAACCACCCCGCGCUGA